UUCACCCUAGUUUAGGUUUUAGUCCAAUCUAUUUCUUCUACAUUCGCCGGAAAACAUUAUGGCUAUCGCCGUCGUUUCUUCUCGGAGGAUGAUGAUAAACAUCAGAAACCCAAUUCGACGAUUCUUCACCGAGUUAACUCAACCGAGUUCCAUCACACCGAUAAACCAAGACCAUCUCCUCCGAGUCUGUACAAUCCUCUACCAGCAACAACACUCUCCUGAUUCACGUCUCGUCACGAAGCUCUCCUCCACGAAAUUUCAACUAACUCACGAGUUCUUCCUCCAAGUCUGCAACAAUUUCCCACUCUCGUGGCGUCCGGUACACCGUUUCUUCCUCUAUUCUCAAACCCACCACCCUGAUUUCUCACACACCUCCACCACCUCUAACAAGAUGCUCGGAAUCAUCGGGAAAUCGAGAAACAUGGAUCUUUUCUGGGAAUUAGCUCAAGAGACUGGAGAAAGUGGAUUGGUUAACGAUAAGACGUUUCGGAUCGUGUUGAAAACGCUUGCUUCUGCUCGUGAGUUGAAUAAAUGUGUAAGCUUUUUCCAUCUGAUGAACGGGUUUGGUUAUUUGUAUAACGUGGGAACGAUGAACAGGGGAGUGGAGACUCUGUGUAAAGAGAAGCUUGUUGAAGAAGCUAAGUUUGUUGUUAAUAAGCUGAAGGAGUUUAUCAAACCUGAUGAGGUUACUUAUAGGACGAUGAUACAAGGGUUUUGUGAUGUUGGUGAUUUGAUUGAAGCUGCUAAGCUUUGGAAUUUGAUGAUGGAUGAAGGGUUUGAGGUUGAUGUUGAAGCUGGUAAAAAGAUUAUGGAGACUUUUUUGAAGCAAAACCAGUUCGAUGAAGCUUCUAAGGUCUUUUACGUGAUGGUUUCCAAGAGAGGUGGUGAUUUGGAUGUGUCUUUCUACAGGGUUAUGAUUGGUAGGUUGUGUAACAAUGGUAGGAUUGAUCUGGCACUUAAGUUGUUGGAGGAAAUGCGUGAGAGAGGUGUUCAGGUGGAUAACUUAACUUGGGGGGAUAUCAUUUAUGGUCUAUUGGUUAAACGAAGGGUUGCAGAGGCGUAUAAGAUGGUGGAAGGGAUUGAGAAUCCGGAUAUAAGUAUCUAUCAUGCGUUGAUUAAAGGGAAUGUGAAGAUUAAACGUGCAAGUGAGGCGACUGAAGUUUUCAGGAAGAUGAUACAGAGAGGGUGCGAGCCGAUAAUGCAUACGUAUCUUAUGUUGCUGCAAGGACAUUUGGGGAGAAGAGGAAGGAAAGGACCAGACCCGUUAGUGAAUUUCGAUACGAUAUUCGUUGGAGGUAUGAUCAAGGCAGGGAAACGGUUGGAAGCAACGAAGUAUGUUGAGAGAACGUUGAAGAGAGGGCUUGAAGUUCCUAGAUUUGAUUACAGCAAGUUCUUGCAAUGUUAUUCUAAUGAGGAAGGUGUUGUUAUGUUUGAAGAGAUGUCCAAGAAACUUAGAGAAGUGAGCUUGUUUGAUUUGGCUGAUAUAUUCCAGAGGUAUGGAGAGAAGAUGAGUACAAGAGAGAGAAGGAGAGAUAGAUAAAUUUAUGAAGUCAUAUAUACAUACGCAAUAUUCUGAUAUUGUAAAUACAAAUUUGAAGUUUCUUGUUUGUUUGGAAACCAAUGGUUGUCUCAAACAAGCAGACAAAGAGAGAAAAUGUUAAAACUGAUUUUAGAAAGGAAUGGUGAUAAAACUAACAAAUCAACGAAAGUAAACAUUUGUAAAAGAUCUCAGAAAAAGUAACUUACAUCUACUUCAUUGUAAAGGACUUAAUGAAAUAAAUUUACACGUGAAGGAAUCCUUGUUGAGUAACCGGGCUUAUCAUCCCCAUAUAUUCAUGUAGAGGUGAUAAACAACACGUUUGAUAAAUGCGUUGUCACUGCUACGUCUCUUGCGUUCUGUUCUGUAAUUGCAUCGAUGAAAAAGUUGAAGAUGCCGACUGCAGCAGAGAGUCUGUUACGUUCUCGCCAAAUGGAGUAAAUGGUGGUCUGAGAGAGGAGACGAAGAACGUAUAACCAUAUCAAGGGAGUUGAAUCUUUGUGAGCACAGACUUUGCAAAGUUAAUCAAUUAAACCAGUCUCGUGACAACUUUUCGAUUAUAAGCUUGCAGUCUAACAAUCACGAAGCAAAGACAUCUCUUGCAAAGAG